AUGGAACCUUCUACAUCAACCUAUGAGAUGGAAAUAAAAAAAGAUAUCGAAAAAGAUGUAAAAUCGAAGCCAGUACUCUCUGCUGGUAAAAUAUUUUACAAACCAGGUGUUAUUGAGGAGGAAACGGAUGAGACGAGCGUAUUUGAGAGUUCUGUGGUAGAAUCGCCGAUGCUUGGGUUCAGUGCGAGUGGUCUACUACGACAGCAUUCAAUACACCCAGUGAGCAGUCUUCAUAGAAUACCAACAUACAGCAGUUCUAUAGGACAAAGCACGAUUUACAGAGUGGACAGUUGUAGGAAUCGCUCGCACAGACAUGGUCUUUCUAGAAGAUCUAGGCGACGAGCUAUACUUAAAAAUGGCGAGUGCAACAUUCUCAAGUCGCGCCUCAGCCAGCGAAGAUUGCGCUUCCUGCAAGAUAUGUUUACAACUUUUGUGGACGCCCAAUGGAGAUGGACAUUACUACUGUUUACACUCUCUUUCAUAGUAUCCUGGUUAAUAUUUGCACUCAUAUGGUGGCUGAUUGCGUUUACACAUGGAGAUCUAGAGCCUGACCACCUACCAGAGAUGCAAGAGUCAUCGAACUGGAAGCCCUGUGUCUUGGGAAUAUAUGGAUUUACAUCUUGUUUCCUAUUCAGUAUAGAAACUCAACAUACGAUUGGGUACGGUGCGCGUACAACCACAGAAGAGUGUCCGGAAGCGAUUUUCAUAAUGUGUUUCCAAAGUAUAGUGGGUGUGACAAUUCAAGCUUUUACGGUCGGUAUAGUGUUUGCUAAAAUGACGAGACCGAAGCAGAGAACACAAACACUGCUGUUUUCGAAACACGCUGUGAUAUGUCAGCGGGAUGGUGAACUAUGUCUUAUGUUCCGCGUGGGAGACAUGAGGAAGUCGCACAUAAUUGGAGCUAGCGUGAGAGCGCAACUUAUUCGAUCCAGAACUACCAAGGAAGGGGAAGUGCUAUCCCACUAUCAAACAGAGCUCGAAUUGAACGCGGAUGGGUGUGACAGCAACCUAUUUUUCAUAUGGCCUAUCACUAUGGUUCACAAAAUAAACGCGGACAGUCCGUUCUAUGGAGUCUCCGCUGCGGAUAUUCUUCAAGAAAAGUUUGAAAUUGUGGUUGUGUUAGAAGGUACCAUCGAGUCAACCGGGCAGACGACCCAGGCCCGGUCCAGUUAUACGGCUAGUGAAUUAAUGUGGGGUCACAGAUUUGUGCCUUUAGUGACAUACAAUCGUGAACGUCAGGGAUACGAAGUAGAUUAUUCUAAAUUCGAAGAUACUAUGCAAGUUGAUACCCCAUUGUGUUCAGCGAAAGAACUAGACGAAUUUUAUGGAAGUCAAGCGGACCACAGAUCUAUUGGUUAUAUGAAUAGUUCCAGUACAUCCCCUGGAACAGCACCUGAUCCAAUUACCAGAAUGUCUGAUAGACUAGUCGUGGAUGCCUUAAACAGAGCAAGUCUUACCAAUAGACCAUCUUCCGUCAAGUACCCACCAGAUUUCUUUGACGCUCCACAUCACACAUCGUCUUCUAGUGAGGAAGAGACAAUGCGUAAAUCAGGGAAAAAUUCUGCACGAAGUUGA